AUGGAAGCAUUGCAAUCGGAAGACCACCGAAACCUCCUCGACAUAAUCGACAAGCUAAGGUCGAGAGGCGUGAGUCGAUACGUCGACCUUCCGCAAAUCGUCGUUUGCGGCGACCAAUCAGCGGGAAAGAGCUCUGUACUUGAAGCCAUCUCUGGCUUAACAUUCCCAACCAAAGAUAACCUCUGCACACGUUUUGCAACCGAACUAAUUCUUCGUCGUGAAGUGACCGUGGCCGUAAACAUUUCCAUUCAUCCAGGACCGGAAAGAUCACCCGACGAACGACAGCGUCUCAACACAUUUCGGGCAGAAAUAGACCUCAUACAACCAGACCUUCAAAAAGUCGUCGAUGAAGCCAAAGGUGUCAUGGGAAUAUCAGACUUUAAAGUGUUCAGCACUGAUAUUCUGCGCUUAUUCCGCGCGGGGAAUCGAGAACAAAGUGCCAAAGACGCCAAAACUGUCCGCAAAAUGGUGCGCGCUUAUGUCAAAAAUCCUCGAAGCAUUAUUCUCGCUGUUGUAUCUGCCAAAAGCGAUUUCGCUUUACAAGAAAUAACGGAAAUGGCCAGAGAGCUGGAUCCGAAAGGAAUACGCACGUUAGGCCUAAUCACGAAGCCAGAUGCGCUGGAUGCUGGAUCUGACAGCGAGGCCGCGUAUGUCAAGCUUGCUCAGAAUGAGGACGUCGCUUUUCGCUUAGGCUGGCAUGUUCUCAAAAACAGAGAUUAUCAGAUGCGGGAUGCCUCGUCUGCGGAGAGAGAUGAAGCUGAGGAGAUUUUUUUUCGCUCUGGAGUUUGGACAACAGUCAAUCCUGCACAGUUGGGAGUAAAGGCUCUGAAGCCGCGACUCAGCGAUGUGUUGAAAGACCAGAUUUUACGACAACUUCCUGCCCUUAUUCAGGAUAUCGAGAUGGAGAUAUCGUCAACCGAAAGUCAGCUCCGACUAUUUGGAUCUCCACGGACCAAUGUGACCGAGCAGCGCCGAUACCUCCUUCAAGUGAGCCGCGACUUCACCGCUCUAAUCCAGGCGGCUGUUGAUGGAGUAUAUAACAACUCUUUUUUUGGCAGUGCCAAAACUGAUGACGGAUAUCGGAAACGACUGCGAGCUCGAGUACAAAAUACGCUGACGAGUUUCUGCGAGAAGAUGAGGCAGCAAGGUAAACAGCGUAUUAUUGUGGAUACCACAUCCGAUGAGGAAGAAUUGGCGCUCGACGAGAUAUCGCGCGCUGAAUUUGUUGACCUCGCCAAGGAACGAAUUCGACGAAGUAGAGGCCGCGAACUGCCGGGCACAUUCAACCCUAUGGUUAUUGGCGAACUCUUUGUCGAGCAGUGUACGCCAUGGCGCGGCAUUGCCUCAAAUCUCCUAUCGGAAAUUCUCGGGCUUGCAAAUGACAUCCUGAAGCUAAUAGUGGACCACGUUGCGGUACAGGAAACCGCGUCUGGCAUAUUAUCCGUCAUCCGUGGAUCUCUAGAGCCAUUCAAAAGCGACCUCGAAGUGAAGUUCAAAGAGUUGCUCACACCGCACUUGGAAGGCCAUCCGAUAACUUACAAUCACUACUUGACGGAUACCGUGCAAAAAGUCCAGGAGGAAAGGAGGCGAAAAAGUCUAGAAAAACAAUUGCGCGCAAUAGUAGGCCACGAAGAGUUUGCUAGUGGUCGCCACGUCAGCAUCUAUCCCACUCGAAUCCUGGAGCAGUUGGGAAAACACAUCGAAGUUGAUAUGGAGCGUUAUGGCGGCGAACUUGCAGUUGACUAUAUGGAGGCCUAUUAUAAGGUCGCGAGUAAGAAAUUUAUUGACGAUAUUAGCGUGCUGGCGGUGGAAUGGUGUCUUAUCGACAAACUGCCGACCUUGUUUCCACCAGAAGCCAUCCUAGACCUGCGAGAUGACGAGGUAGCUCAUAUAGCCACAGAAAGCGAUUCGCUGUCGCUGGAGAGAACUCGUCAUAGACAGAAACUCACGACACUGGAGGAUGCUAAAAGCGACCUCAAGCAACUGGACAUCCACCGCACGUUGGGCCUGCCUUCGCCUCCACUUGAAGCCUUUGAGCAAAUUCAUAGUGAUAAUGAGUCAGAAGGCCCCUACGAAUACGGGCAGACUUCCUUGGUCGAGCAAGCGCAACAUGAAGAGCCAAGUGGCCGUAUUGAAGUUAUUAAUACAGGGGAAACAGAGCUUGAUUGGGAGCCGAAGCUCAAAAAGAAGAAGAAGAAAUAA